AUGACAAUCAAGAUAUUAGAGGUGAAGGCAGUGGCUGCAUCGUCUGGUUUGGAGAUCUUUAUGAUAUUCGAUAAUUUCCUUCCAGCGGACAAGAUCUAUUUGUUCGACUAUCAAAGAGUGAAAGAACUUAAUUAUCUUGCUCUCGAAUGCCUAGCAGAACGCACCCUUGCUAAUCGGUAUCAGAUUAUGGUGUCAGGAGGUGAUGGUUACGAUUCAGGGAUUUCAGAUUGGAUGCGUGUGAUUUUACCUAUAGCUAUGGAAAGGGGAGUUUGCGAAAAAGUUGUAGAAAUAGCUAGAAGCCUGGGACUGAAUGUAUCUGUUGGUGUUGCUUAUGAGGUUUCUGUUGGCAAAGCAGGUUCGAGAUCACCUCAUGAGAAAUCACAUAGCAUGGAAGGUGGUAUUAGCACAUAUCUUGGAGCAGCUCCCAUUGUUGAAUGUUUGGAAAAGCACCAACCUAAUGUAGUAAUAACUUCUCAUGUUGCAGAUGCUGCCUUAUUUUUGGCGCCAAUGAUAUAUGAGCUGGGUUGGAACUGGGACAAUUUAGAACUUCUAGCACAGGGGUCUCUGGCUGGCCAUCUUCUGGAGUGUGGUUGUCAACUUACUGGGGGAUACUUCAUGCAUCCAGGUGAAAAAUAUCGGGACAUGUCUAUGUCUCAGCUCCUUGAUUUGUCACAUCCUUAUGCUGAAAUAAGUUAUGAUGGAAGAGUAUGCGUAGCAAAGGCAGAACAUAGUGGUGGGGUCUUAAAUUUCAGUACUUGUGCUCAAAAACUUCUGUACGCAUAUAUUUCUCCUGUGACAUGUGAUCUUCCCCUCUCCUUUCUUUUCGUCAACAGUUAACAUUAACCAUAUUUUUGCUCUGUAUUAAAACCCUUUUUUGUUCCUUGGUCUGUGGUUAUACUAAUGUGCUGUUGUCAAAAUUUUCAGGACUGUGGGUGGAAAGGAUGGGGUGAGAUAUCUUAUGGAGGAUAUGAAUGUGUUAAACGUGCAAAGGCUGCAGAAUUCCUGGUCAGAUCAUGGUUGGAAGAAAUAUUGCCUGGCAUCAACAGUUCUGUAUUUUCUUAUAUAAUUGGCGUCGAUAGUCUGAAAGCAACUAGCAUUGGUGAUGACGCUUCAUCUUCAGUCGCUAGUAAUGAUGUUAGGUUGCGUAUGGAUGGAUUAUUUGAGCUGAAAGAACAUGCAGUCCAAUUUACUAGAGACGUUACAACAUUAUAUACCAAUGAACCAGUUGGUGGUGGUGGUAUCAGUGUUGGACACAAGAGAGAGGUCAUUCUUGAAAAACAACUGCUCAAUCGUGAACAUGUUGCUUGGAAGACAUCCAUAAAGCGCACUGUAACAAAAUCAAAUCCUCCAAGAAUUAGCCAUGAAAACCUCAUUAAAACUCCAGUUUCUCAAGGAUCAGUAGAAGAUGUUUCAGUUUCUGAAAGUGACAUCUCUCCCACGCACUGUAACUUGUGGGAUGAUUUUAAUUGGCUUUUACAUUUGCAAGUGGAGAGCAUUUUAUGGUUCUAGUAGUGUCAUCAUGCCAAUGCAAAAUCAUUUGAGGCCUUGGACGAUAUGAAG